CAAAGAUCAAAAGAAUAAAAAGCUACAAUAAAUAGUGGAAGCCCAUCCAAAAUAGAUAAAGAUAAAGUUUCCGAAUAUUGACUCCGAGAGAAUCUGCAAUGGGCGUGUGCGCGUCUUGUCACAAUGCGAAAACCACACACACUCCAAAAACACCCGCUAGUGGAAAGCACGGUGGCUCUGCUCCACCACGCGCAUCGGAAUCUUUUCGAAGACCAUCGUCGAUCAUGGUGAUGAACAUUUCCAACGGUACAAUCAAGGAGUAUAAACAACCGAUUUCAGCAAGCGUCGUCGUUUCGGAGAUCAACAAGAGCAAUAAUUGCUGCUACAUCUCAAAUGCAGAGUCAAUGUGCAUCGGCACGUGUAUGCCACGCGUUCCUGAUGAGGAGGAGCUUCUACCUGGUCGAAUCUACUUCAUCGUUCCGAUUUCGCAUUCGAAUUAUUCAUUGUCGCUUCCGCUUCUCUGUGAUCUCGCCGUUAAAGUUAGUUCUGCACUUGCCAACUCACGGAGAUUAUGCUGCGAUAACGUCGAGAAAAAGAGAGAUUAUGAAUUACUCCUACAAUGCUGUCUGUCUUUGAACAACAGAUACCUUAGAGACAACAUGAAUUCAGAAUCUUAGUACUGCCAAGCUGCCAAGAUUUUGAGAUUACAUCUACGCGUAACUACUGUUUCUUCAUAGAGAUUCUAUUUAUAAAACUAUUUAAAUACACUGUAAUUUACAAUAUAGUGUAUCUUUAUAAUUAGCAUCAGGGAAUGGUAAGAAUACACUAUCAAAUUAUAUGCAUUUAUUUAUCUCUUAUUUAUAUAUGCACCAAUAAGAAGAUAUUAUUUUAAAUUAAUGCACUCUACUUCAUAUUUAUAUGAGUGG